GGAAGCCUAUAGUCUGCGAUAUUAGAGAUAGGCAAGCAUAUACGGCAUAUAACCAUACACACAUCUAUACUCCAUUUCCAGAGAGAAUCAAGCACAAGAUCUUGACCUCUCUCUCUUCUCUUAUCUCUCUCAUCCUUUCUUUCUCCGGUUCUCAGUUUCCGAGCGAAUUAGGGCAAAGCGCAGAUCGGAAAUGGAAGAAGAUCGCGGGCAAUCGUCGCAUUGCCGAUUCUGAUUUCUUUUUCCGAUGCACUGAGGUCGGCGCCGGCGCGUGAGUUUUGAUCCGGUUCGGUUAUUGUUUUGAUGCGAUUGGGCCGAAUUGUGGUUCCAAAGACUCUGAAAUGGAAUCGUUCUGGAGCCACAAUGCCGCCCCAGACUCGUCGCAUUUCCUCGUCGCCGUCUACUUCGCCUUUGGAUUCUUCUUCGCUCGGCUCUUCCUUGAUAGGUUCAUCUUCACCAGGCUUGCCAUCUGGAUGUCGAGAAAAGGUUCUGCUCCAUCGAAGAUAGAUAUGGUCCAACGGGCAAAGAUUACGAAAUGCUCAGAGUCUAUGUGGAAGUUAACAUACUAUGCAACUGUCGAAGCCUGCAUUCUCAGCAUAAGCUACCAGGAGCCAUGGUUCACAGAUACAAGAGAGUACUUCAAAGGAUGGCCAAACCAAGAGUUGGGGCUUCCCCUAAAGCUUGUGUAUAUGUGUCAAUGUGGAUUCUAUACCUACAGUAUUGUUGCUCUCCUUACAUGGGAAACCCGAAGGAAGGAUUUCUCAGUGAUGAUGUCUCAUCAUGUAAUUACCGUCUUCCUGAUUGGAAUGUCAUACAUUACAAGCUUUUUCCGAAUUGGCUCAAUCAUUCUUGCCCUGCAUGAUGGGAGUGAUGUAUUCAUGGAAGCUGCCAAGGUCUUCAAAUAUUCUGAGAAGGAGCUUGCAGCAAGUGUGUUCUUUGGGUGUUUUGCUUUUUCAUGGCUCAUACUGCGGUUAAUAUACUUCCCCUUCUGGGUCAUAAGCUCAUCAAGUUAUGACCUUGUUAAGCACUUGGAUUUGUCUUUGUCCUCUCAUACAACACUGUACUAUCUGUUCAAUACGAUGUUAAUGACGCUGCUUGUGUUCCACAUAUACUGGUGGGUUAUGAUAUGCUCAAUGGUUAGGAGACAACUGAGUAAUAGUGGAAAGGUUGGAGAAGAUAUAAGAUCAGAUUCAGAUGAUGAUGAUUAGACGGAAGAUUUUGUCCAAGGUUUUCUUGCCUUUGUUAAUGCUGACCUGUAUGUAGGUUAUAGCUGCACUCAAAAGUGGCCCUUAUCUGUAGGAAGGGGUUGAUAGUCUCUUCCGUUAUCAAAUUUUGUUUCGAGUCUUCACAGAUCAUGGCUCAUGUCACCGUGUAUUCUUUUCCUUUUUCUUUUUGGAUGGAGUCUCUUGUUAUAUGGUGUAUAAGAAAUAGGUAAAUUUGUGUAUAAUUCUUCUCUCAGGAUAAUCACUUGUAUUGAGACUAGCCUUUUGUAUGGAGAAAUGAAAGGUAUUCACAAAUUAGUA